GCCUUCAGUAUAUCAGACUUGUCUCCAGAGCAGCAAAAAAUCCUCAUUGACAUACGAAGACGAAAGACUGAACUUCUUUUACAGAUACAAGCUGUUCACCACAAUUAAUGGUCAAAAUGUCAAUGUUUGACGUUUCUUCAGGCUCAGCUACACCUCGGAUCAAUGGAAAGAUAGAGAUCGAAACUUGAUAAAAUCCUGGAGCACUUCAGACAACACUUGCAUAUAUUUAAUGUAUAAAUGUUAUCCACUUUUCAAUAAUGAUCUAAUAAAAAUUUUGUUGCUAUUAAAAAGAUAUGGGUUAUCUGAUAACUUUGACAGCAAGAAGAACAAAAAAAUCCUCCCAUUUUAUUUUAUUAAAUUGAUAAAAUCAAAAACAUUGUCUUCAGUAAAUCACACACCAUUUACUAACUUAACCAGGGAUCUAAUGGAGAUGAAUUGAUUAAAUAUUGCUUAUGUUGUGCUCACUUACUAGAAUGAAUAUGAAUGAACAUGGUAUCUCUCAAUCCAUGCGGGAUUGAUUAAUCAAGUAAUGUAUGUUUGGUUGCCUAGAUUACACAUACUUCUGUCGCAUCGAUACUCAAAGCAACACAAAAACCAUUCACGAUUCCUUUUAUAUCUUUUCCAAACCCAAACUUCAAUAAUGAAAUUACCCAACACCAAAAGGCAAAUUGUGCUUGAAUAAAUAACCCAUCGACAUUCCUUCCACCCUAAUAAAACACCAAAUCCGACACUCCGCCUUGAGCAUAACCAAAACAUUAACAAACCCACUCAGAAUACAUUAUGAGGGUUGAGAAACCUCGAACACAUCAACACCUCGCUUUUUAACAUUUCCAAAGGUUGAAAACACUCGCAACCAUCUAAAAAAACACCCUAUUUAUCCAACCAGCAGACCACGAACGCCGCCCCCAUAAAUUUCCCUAAAGGUCACCACUUACAUCUUCGCCAUUUCAAACUGAUUUUAAUCACUCAUUGGACGUACGCGAAGCGCACAAAUCAUCAAUUGUACUUUUCCGAAUUCCGUUAUCACUAUCAAACACCACCGGACGCUCCACAAUCAAAGAGAAAAAUUGUGUUAUCACCCGAAACCGGAAGCGGAAUAUUCGUUGAUUCACAAACAGGAAAGUGUGAUGCGAAACAUUUGACGUUAAGCCAAGAAUCUCGUCCGCCAGGAAUGUAGCGAUUUUUGAGACAAAGAUAGACGGUUUUUUGAAGGGGGAGGUCACGAACCAGCGCCGUGGGAACAAAAAAUCGAACUUUCCAAAAAUAGACCGUCGAUGACCACUUGGCGUUCGAAAUCUCGAAGGAAAUCGUCAAUCAUGAGGCAAGGGCGGGUCAUGGUUGGUGGAGCUUUUUCGAGAGAGGGCCAUCUGGUCCCGAAAUGCCUCAAGUAUCGGAUUUCUUGGCGGCUCGAGAUCACGUCAAGUGGAUCGGAGGCAGCCCGUAGAAAAUUUAUUUUUACGAGACGAAUAAGAAUAGCAAUAUUAAUUGUAAUAAUAAAGGCGUCCAAGGUUCAUAAAUGUGGGCGAAAUUUCAAACUCUGAAUCAGCCGCAUCAAACGACAACAAUAAUAGUAAUACUGGUGGUAAUAAGCCGGCCUGAAUGCCGCCAAACAGGACGAUUUUCACAUAUUCGCAUCCCCUCAUUCCAAGUUGGCGCAAUCCCGUCGCCAGAAAAACAAAAUCACGAACCUCACCCAAAAAAUAAUAAUAUUAAUAAUGGUGAUACCGUGGUUAAAAUACAACGGAACUGCGGUGUUAGUGCCUCUGGCGGGGACCUGUUUCACCCCUCUCCACCCGUAAGGGUGGGAGCCAGGGCCACCACCACCUUGAAACACAGGGAACAUCAUUCAUUCACUAUUCAUCAUUCACUCUUCAAGCACUCUUCAAGCGGUUAACAUAGUCUUUAUAUUCAAUAUCUGGACCUAACGGUCAUAAUAUCAUACUCGCUCUAGAACACACUUGUUAUUUAUUUAAUAAAACUAUAAAACGACUGUCCGCUGCUCUUAUUCAUAAUCCAUCAAACUUAACAUGGUCCUUCGAGCCGGAUCAGCGACAGUAAAUCAGUAACAGUGAUAAGUGAUAAGUGUAGUUCGAUAAAUCAUCAUCGCUUGGAAUUCAACAUUCCACCUAAAUCAUCAAGUAUUCAAAAAUCGGUAACGGCCGCGAGUGCAGUGCAAAUCAUCGAGGGUCAUUCAUCAAGAAACUCAGGUAGGCUUUAGUUUUGUCCAUUUUGCGUAGUUCAUUAUUCUCGUACUGACGAUGUCGAAUAACAAAUCUCUCUGGAAAUUUAUCGUUCUUGUUAAUGAUAUACAUUCACAUGCGGAGUUCAUCUCGGAAGUUACAAACCACCAAAAAAUAGGCGAGUUAAGAUGCAGGUUGGAAGAUUUGAAACGGGUACAAUCGAACGUACAAAAUCUUAUAGUUGAACAUAAAUCGGAAAUCGUGGUAUUUUUAGAUGACACGAGUAGCGAAGAAUCUAACAAACCCGCAGUUUAUAAUCUCGGACCCGUGCAAAGCUAUAUCCAUGAACUAUCGGAAUUAUAUACUGCUCUAAUCAAAAAAGCCGAUUUGUUGUAUCAUCUUCCUUUCCCGAAUUCGUUUAAUGUAAAUACUAACAAUGCUCAUCUCGAAAAACGUUGUGAAAAUCUAAAACCCAUAAAAGUGGACAACAUGCUAAAUGGAGAACCCAUUAAACUUCAUAAGACUACCGAUGCUCCGGUUAAGGUGCGGUUUACCCCUGCACUAUUCAUUAAUUAUAAAACUAUCGAUAACAAAAAAGUCAUUAUUUCAGAAACGCAUAAGUUAAUACCGAAUUCUCACAAAUUAUUAUCAAAUUCAAUAUCAAGCAAACCGAAAAAUCAUCCGGAUAAUAAUUCUUGCAACUCUGUGGGCAUGUCCCAAACUAAGAUAGAUAGCACAUCCAAUCCAAAAUCAGACACCGCGUUAGUUCCAAUAAAAAAUCAUACAGAUAAUUUGAAAGAUUGUAGCUCAUUAUUGGAUACCGGUAAACAAUGUGAAUCCAAAACCAAAUAUUUGGGUAAAUCAUUAAAAUCAAACACAAAGAAGGUACAAGUAAGCAAUAAUCAAUCAAUCCCGUGUUUUAUAUGUUCCCAAAUGCACAACAUAUUCAAUUGUACAACUUUUUUAAGUUUAACGCCCAACGAUAGAGUGGAACAAAUAAAGAAAAUGAAUCGUUGCUUCAAUUGUUUAAGAAGUAAUCAUGUCGCGAAAAAUUGUUACAUAUCAAGGCAUUGUAAACAAUGUCAUAAGAAGCACCACACGCUUUUGCACGCAGAAACAAACAAUAACCUUCCCAAAAAUGAAAUAAAAAAUAAACCAGAUGAGGAUUCCGAUAAUCCUGAAGACACCUCGAAAUGUAAUUUAACUAUUCCGUCUAGUGUACUUUUAUCCACCGGUUUGAUUCGCGUAAUGGGCCAAUCAGGUAAAGUAAAAGAAUGUCGCGUUUUCUUGGACAUCGGGAGUCAAUCUCAAUUCAUCACCGAAAAUUUGGGCAAGGCUUUGGAAUUACAUAUUCAUAGCAUCGAUACGUCAAUCGUAGCAAUUCUUGAUAAGAAAAAACAUUCAGAAAAUGCCGAACUUAAAAUACAAAAUCAUAUUAUGAAAAAUCCACCGGCGCUUCAAAAUACCGCGCUGGAGUUGAUUCUUAAUGGCAGUUUUGGGCAUUUAAGAAAUUCACAUCAUCACAAGAUUAGUUUGAGCAAAAUCAUUUCUCAUUCCUUGGAAGUUGAAACCGUCAAAACCGGAAGCAGGUUAUUAAGCAAAGGUUUUAAAACCUCUCUUUGUGCAACCCCUCUUCAAAAUACCACCGGCCAUACACCCGAUGGUCGUUUCGUAAUUAAACUCCUCUUUUCGGAAAAGUUGGGUCGUUCCACAGUCCCUUAUUUCGAAAAUCCACUUCAAUUAAGAAAUUCCGGAGAAGGGAUUCUCCAACCGUUAUUGUUCGCAGAGGGUCGUAAUCAUAAACUUACCGAGGGUUUUAUUGUCUUUCUAAGGAAGUACCUAGACCUUGUACACCUGAAGGUACUUAACGAAAAUUCGUUAAAUAAUACUAUUUACCUGCCACACAAUUGUGUUUCAAAUCUCCAUGUUUCUUCCAAUAAACUCUGCGAGGUUGUUGACCGUUCAAAUCUUAGCUCAAACAAUUUAAGCCUAAAUGACAACUUAUUAACCGGCCCCGUUUUUCAACCCGAACUUUUAACUACGUUAAUUCAUGUCCUCACAUGCGACGUAUCGAAAAUGUACCGGUGCGUUUGGCUUCACUCUCACGACGUCACAAAUUUCGUAGGUACUAGGCGCAAGCUAAACGAAUUGCUAUUAGGGAAAGAAUUUCAGAAUAAGCUAAAACCAGAAAAUACCAAAUGGAGUUUAAUCCCCCCGCGUGGGCCCAAUGUUGGUGGUUUGUGGGUAGCGUGGAUUAAAUUCGUAAAAACUCACAUCCAGCGCGUUAUCGGAUACAACCAUCUAACGUACGAGAUGAUGUAUGCGCUUUUGGUCAGGAUUAAAGCUGUCAUGAAUUCGCACCCUGUGACGCCGCUUUCCAGCGACGUUACUAAUUUAGCCGCACUGACUCCGGGACAUUGUCUUGUCGGCCCUCCAUUGACAACUCCAGUAGAAAAGAAUCACGGCACUUUUCCUGUCAACAUCCUUUCCCGUUGGCAAUUGAGUGAAUCCUGUCGCCAACAUUUUUGGAAGCGCUGGUCCGCGGAAUAUCAUACGACGCUGCAGGGGAGAUCCAGGUGGCAAACCCUCUCAAGAAACGUUCCCGGCACUGGAGCUCUGGUACUACCGAUCAAAGAGGACAACCGGCUCCCGUUGCAGUGGCGAUUACAACGAAUAGUGCAAGUGCAUCGCGGCAAAGAAGAUCUUGUUCACAUAGUGUUUGUGCAGUGUCGAAAUUGCAUCAUAAAGUGCGCCAAUUCGGAAACGGCAUCUCCAUUUACUAAUUCGGGUUCUGGUUAUCUGUUAACUCAUUACAUACACACUAUUGUAAAUAAAGUUUGUCCACUCGUAUUGUACCUGAUAAAGAGUUGUAAAUCUCUCUUUCAGGUGUAUUCCAAGUACCUAUAAAUUACAUUCAUUCUUAUUGUAUGUGGGCAACUUGUUGUAAAUCGCUAUUCUUAGUUUACUGCCCAUAUUGUAUAAUCACUGUUAAUCCAUUCUAUACAAUGUUAAUUGUAGUAAAUCUUACUCAUGUAUUCUCAAUUGAUCAUUAUGAUAUCAUGUUAUCACUCUAACAUUCUAUUAUUUGGUAUUAAAACAAUGUAAUUGUUUCAAGGCGGGGGGUAUGUUAGUGCCUCUGGCGGGGACCUGUUUCACCCCUCUCCACCCGUAAGGGUGGGAGCCAGGGCCACCACCACCUUGAAACACAGGGAACAUCAUUCAUUCACUAUUCAUCAUUCACUCUUCAAGCACUCUUCAAGCGGUUAACAUAGUCUUUAUAUUCAAUAUCUGGACCUAACGGUCAUAAUAUCAUACUCGCUCUAGAACACACUUGUUAUUUAUUUAAUAAAACUAUAAAACGAC